CCUGAGAGGAGUUAUUUUCCCAACAUCAAGAACUACUUAAGCAAGAGGAAGGCAGACAUUAAACUGUAGUGAGAAUGGAGAUAGCAGUGGACAAGACAAUGGACCAGGUCACACAUUAUAAUCCACUGUUCGACAUGUCGCUGAGCAGGAGCGAGCGCUACAGCUUCCAGCAUGAUGAUCUGAAACCAGCCCCCUCCAGAAGACACUGGAGUUUUACUGUGAUAAUUAUCUGGGUCAUCUUACAGACAGCGCUUGAUGCCUUUCUCAUUUAUAAAGUUGUGUUGGGAGUGAGCCCUGAGCCACAGAGCCCAACGUCUCAUCAUAGCGCCCUCAGCAACAACGACCUUGACCUCAACCUUCUAAUCCACAACAACAGCCAAGAAGCCAACAAUCUGAGGAGCCACUUACGGGUUUUGCAAAAUCAGGUCAAGAGUCUGUGUGGUGAGGAAGGUCAGCUACAAAGAUUACGGGCUGACCUGAACUUGCUCAAUACCAGCAACCACAACCUGGAAAACAAACUAACAAACAUUCAAAUCAAAACAGGCCCACCAGGUACAAACGGAGUACCCGGACUACAAGGUCCGAAAGGAGAGAGAGGCCCAAAAGGUGACAGUGGGGUUCCUGGCCAUUCUGGUCAAAAGGGUGAAACAGGACUUAAAGGGGGAAAAGGAGAACAGGGAGCUGCUGGUGAAGUUGGUCCCACAGGUUCAGCAGGGAAUCCAGGAGCACCAGGCAAUAAGGGGGAGCCAGGGGACCCAGGAGCCCCAGGCCCUCGUGGAGAAAAAGGUGACUCUGGAAUGUCUGGACAGAAAGGGGAGUCUGGAUUGCCUGGUUCACCUGGAUUAAAAGGACAAAAAGGAGACCCUGGAAGUGUUGGCCCUCGGGGACCCCCAGGUGCAAGAGGACCUAUUGGAUUUAAUGGGACUCAGGGUCAACCUGGACUGCAAGGAGAAAAGGGCGAGUCAGGAAAACAGAUCAAAGUGCGUCUAGUGCCUGGAAAAAACAGAGGACGAGUGGAAGUCAUGCACAGUAACAUCUGGGGCACCAUUUGUGAUGACAGCUUUGGAACUUUAGAUGGGAGAGUGAUCUGUAAGAUGCUAGGGUUCCAGUCUGUUGUUUCCACCUUCACUGCUACCCCAGGUACCGGUAGGAUCUUGUUGGAUGAGCUGCAAUGCACAGGAGCAGAGUCUGACAUCUUUGACUGUCCACACAGUGAAGUUGGUGUUCAUAACUGUAGUCAUGAUGAGGAUGUGGGAGUACAAUGUACAUAGACGCAGAAGAGAGAUUAAACUGUGCAAAACUUAACUUUGUAGUCCUUAUGUUAGACUGAAAUUUAUCACAUUAUUCCAUGUUUUCCUUUCCAGUCAUAUCGCUUGAGUUAUACACUAUUGGACCAUAACUUUAGAGGCACUAUUUUCUCGGAGUAGGUCCCAUAUUAUGAAUGAAAAACCUUCCCUGCAAUUGGCUUAACUUAACAUCUGACCUUCUUGGGUGUAUUUGGCAUUGAUCAUUCCACAGAUGAUACAUUACACCAGGGCCAGCCCAAAGCAUAAGCAAACUAAGCAGCCACUUAGGGCGCCGGGGCGCUAGGGGGCCCCCUAAGUGGAAUAUAUAUAUAUAUUUUUUUAGUAAUGAUUUCCGUGUGAUUAUAUUAACAAAAACACAUAAAUUCAUGAUAAAGUUGUGAUUUUUUUAACAAUAAUAUAUGUUUGAUAAUAAUAUGUAGAAAUCUUUCUUAUAUAGGCAAAAAUAAAAAUAAAUAAAUUGCUCUUGGGGCCCCCUGGAGCGCGCGGUAGGUACCGCACUGAACGGUAAUAUGAGCUGCUGUGCAGAGCGCAUCCAAACCUCCAAAGCAUCAGCAGAAGAUAAGUUAUCAAAACAAUGUCACAAAAAAUGAUUUAUCCUUCAGGGAAAGAGAAAAGAAAGAGGAAGACUGGAGAAAAAGUCAAGGUAAAAGUAUGUUUUAAUGUGUGUUGGUAAUGUAAUGUUUAUCAGGAAGAUUUGUGGAAGUGCUAAUUGAAAAUUAGCUUGAUAGCACAAAUGUUUGUAUUUGUGUGAAGCUAAGUUUGAACUUUAAAUGACUUGAUUCUCGUGGUUGACCCUGGAUAUUCCUGAGAUUAUUUGCCUUCAAAACAUUUUUGAUAACGUUUGAUAUCAAUAAUUAAAACUUCUCAAUGUUUGAUAUUGUCUAGCAAACCAUCAGGCUACAUGGCUAGUGCAUUAAUAAAUCGAUGAGCUACUCUAA